AACGAAGCUACAUACAGAGACAUAGGGGGGAGAGAGAAGCGAGAAGACAGAGGAGAAGAGGGGUAGUAGAGAAAUGGAUCCGAAGCUGAGAGAGGUGUCGCAGGGGUUGGAGCGCUUCAAAGCGGCGUUCGUGAGGAGCGAUUUCGACACUUGCACCAAACUCCUCUCCCAGCUCAAGGUUUUGCUGACGGAAUUUAGAAGUCUUCCACCAUUGUUUGAGGACUCCCCCAAUGCAGUUCAUGAGUUGACAAUAGCAAGGGAUAUAUAUGAGCAUGCUGUUGUCCUAAGUGUCAAGACAGAGGAUCAGGAUGCAUUUGAGAGGGAUUUCUUUCAGUUGAAACCUUAUUAUACAGAUACAGGUGGUCGCCUUCCACCCUCCCCUCAGGAGUAUCCAAUUUUGGGCCUCAACCUGUUGAGACUUCUUGUUCAAAACAGAAUAGCUGAAUUCCACACUGAAUUGGAACUGCUUUCUGCCACUGCUUUAGAGAACGCUUGCAUCAAGCAUGCAGUUGAAUUGGAACAAUCUUUCAUGGAAGGAGCUUACAAUCGUGUGUUGAGUGCUAGACAGACAGUGCCCCAUGAAACUUAUGUUUAUUUCAUGGAUCUGCUGGCGAAGACAGUCAGGGAUGAAAUAGCUGGGUGCAGUGAAAAGGCAUACGACUAUCUUUCAAUUAAUGAUGCCCGACAUAUGUUGCUGUUCUCUUCUGACCAAGAACUUUUUGAAUAUAUCAAGGAGGAGCAUCCUGAGUGGGAGAUAAAGAAUGGCCACGUGUUUUUCCAGAGGGCGAAAGAAUCUGCACCCUGCAAAGAGAUUCCAUCUCUGCAACUUAUUAACCAGACACUCAGCUACGCAAGGGAGUUGGAGCGGAUUGUUUAAGAGGCUCUUCGGUUUCUUUGUUUCCUCCUUUCUACUCGAACUUGCUCAGUCUAAAAGUGUUUUUUCCCUCCAUUUUAGAACACAGAACUGGUGAUACCAAAUGCUCGGGGAAAAGUUACACACUUGUAUUUUAAUCAAUUCUGUUUUGAAACCAAUACUUUUGGAGAUUCCAAUUUUCUGAAUGCCUGGAUGAUUUCUUCAUUA